AUGGGGGCCGUCAUGGGCACCUUCUCAUCUCUGCAAACCAAACAAAGGCGACCCUCCAAAGAUAAGAUUGAAGAUGAGCUAGAGAUGACCAUGGUCUGCCAUCGGCCUGAGGGACUGGAGCAGCUGGAGGCCCAGACCAACUUCACCAAGAGGGAGCUGCAAGUCCUUUACCGAGGCUUCAAAAACGAGUGCCCCAGCGGUGUCGUCAACGAAGAAACUUUCAAGCAGAUCUACGCUCAGUUUUUCCCCCACGGAGGUGAGUCCAUCCUGGAAGACGCUCCUGCCCGGCUCCCCCUGGCGGCUGCUUUCCUCCCGCCAACACUGCCCUUCCCUCUCUGCCUUGCAGAUGCCAGCACGUACGCCCAUUACCUCUUCAAUGCCUUCGACACCACCCAGACAGGCUCCGUGAAGUUCGAGGACUUUGUAACUGCUCUGUCGAUUUUGCUGAGAGGAACUGUCCAUGAGAAACUCAGGUGGACAUUCAAUUUGUAUGACAUCAAUAAAGACGGAUACAUAAACAAAGAGGAGAUGAUGGACAUUGUCAAAGCCAUCUACGACAUGAUGGGGAAAUACACAUAUCCCGUGCUCAAAGAGGACACUCCGAGGCAGCACGUGGACGUCUUCUUCCAGAAAAUGGACAAAAAUAAAGAUGGCAUCGUGACUUUAGAUGAAUUUCUUGAAUCCUGUCAGGAGGAUGACAACAUCAUGAGGUCUCUCCAGCUGUUCCAAAAUGUCAUGUGACCAGGGACACAGCCACCCAGCUCUCAGAGACACUGGACUAAACAGCCACCCA